ACCAGUCCUUGUUAGUAAUUUACUUUAUGACAAGAUUUUGAUCAAUUCAUAAUGAUAAGAAUUUUACAGAAUAAUGUUAUUUUGUAUGCCCUUUUUGUUACCGAAUCUAAGAGACUUAUAAUCUAAUGUCUUAUAGAUUGUAAAGAUUUAUUUGUAGAAUGGCUACCUUAGUGUCAAUAUUCUAAAAUGGCUACACUAAAUAAAUUAUUAUUUAGCAUUUGACAGUAACGUUUUUGACAGAUGUCAAAGCAUUUGUUGCCUAGCAACGGCGGUCGAUAUUACUAUAACUUCUUAAAAAGUACGUAAUGCAAAAAUACAGUGAUGUCUAAGGAAAACAAUAAUUUGCGUUUGCUUGGUUCACCUGUAAAUCUGUCUUACAGGAACAAGAAACGAGAAGAUCGAAAAAACAACAGAAACAGGCCUCGCUCAGCUUUACAAAGCUCCUGUACACCGGACUUUCAAGAAAGAUAUAAAAGACCAUUCUCUGCUGAUAGUAAGGAAAGACCUUCAGCGAAAGCAUAUUAUGAGAGUUUCAGUUCUGAAUUACUGCAAUCAUACAACAAUUCUCCACUUACUGUGAAAGUAUUUCCUCCUACUGAAAAACUUUUGGGCACUUCGAAAACUUAUGUUAAGCAGACAAACAAUAAGAUAAAUAAUGAAGUAUGCAGUAAUGCAUCUGAGUACGGCUCUGAAGAUACAUUUAUAAGCUUAGGCACAAAGAUAAAGGCCAAAGCCCAAUCUGGACCAAGAAAUAGAAUAAUAAAUAACAAAAAUGUUAAGAAUCGUAACGUACCAAAGAAAAAUAGAAGAGUGAUGGACUCCUUUAAUGAUAAAACUGAAGAAAAUGGCUACGGUAUGGAAAUAACUAUAUCGGAAAGACCAAGGUCUACUUCACCAAAUAGAUUCAAAGACAUGUUGCAACAUCGAGCCUUAUCACCUACAUUUAGAAAUCAAUCCUAUGAUUCCUACUUUCUCUCCCUUGAUGAUCAAUCUGAAGGAGAAAAUUAUCCUUUAAAUUCAAGUAUGGAUGAAGGGAAUACAUUAGAUGCAUUGAAACGACGUAUUAAUAUGCAAACAAAGCAACAACUAUCGUUAGUUGAAGAAGAAUCCAUUCAGGAUUUAGAGAGUAUACCCUCCCAAAAUAUUAUAAGCGUACCACCAGCUGAAUAUACUGCAAAAAUAAGCAACAAAUGUACUAAUAUUAUAGCUAGUAGUAAUAAUUUAUCAAAUAGUUUCACCAACCCAAAUUUUAUAAAGCCAAAUGGGAAUCUAAAUUGUGAGUCUCAAACUUAUGUUAAUUUUUUCAAUGACUUUCACACUGAUAUGAUAGAUAGAACUAAAAUGACAAGUACUGUAAUGCAUGCUGACACAUCAUCUAAAGAUUCGGGGUAUCCUGAGAGUGGUACCAAAGAAGAUAAAAUAUAUUCGCAAAAUUUUUUGCUACCCUCAACAUCAUGCAAAAAUAAUUCUUGUGAUAGUGUAAAAGAGCAACCAAACAGUCUUGAAAGUACGGUGUCUUCAAAGGAAUCAAAUGAUAAAAAUAAAUCUGGUAAUACAUGGACUGAGCCUUUGAAUCAUAGUCGCUUAUUGUAUAAAGACUUUUUUCUUCAAAAAGAAGGUCAUCUGGCGGUACCUCCACAAAAUACACCGAAAAAAAAUGAUGCAACUAUGUUAAGUGAUUGUUCUGAUAUCAAAGAAGAAGAAAUUAAAUAUAAAGAUUAUCCAACAUAUCUCUUAAAUAGUUCUACAAAAGCAUAUACGUCCAAAGUCAUUGAAGAUUAUAAAAAAGAGAUUGCUGCCAUAAAUACGUUGCACAAACUAACUUUAAAAGACAUUAAAACGGAUGCUAUCAGUCCUACUCCGCUCAAUUUAAACGAAAUGUUUGAAAUGUCAUCUGAAAACUCUUCAGAUAGUAAAUUGGGUGAGAGACUUGUAUCUCCUAAUAGUGGUGCUAAUAAUAAACUUGAACAUAGAUGUAAUUCUGCCUUAAAUGAUAAUAAACAAGAUAUAAACAGUGUUCCCACCAAAGAGUUGAUAGAAAAUUACUUUAAAGUCAAAGGUGAGAAUGUGUCAAAAAAUGUGAAAAAGUACGUUAAAAAGUUGAAUAACGCUCAGCCUAAAAUUGAUGAAAAUUCAAGCUAUAAGAAAUUUUGGAACAAUAAGAAUGCAGCAACGAGUAAAAAUAGUGAUGCAAGCAGUAAGAAUCCAACGCAAAGAAAUUUGUUCACAAUGCGUGUGCCAUUAAGUGCUAGAUUAGAGAGUGUGCAGACAGAUAAGGACAUAGAAUCUUGGAUGUCGCUUUCUGCUCCGUCACCUGAUAAAACUCUUGAAACCGAUACUGUACAGUCUGCUACUGAUGAAGAAAAACAGAAAACACCAAAAAAUGAUGAAAAUGGUCAUGUAUAUAAUCCUGCACCCGAACCACAGACUAUAUCAAAAUCAAAGGAGUUAGACCCAAAGUCAACAGUACUAGAUAUUUACUCAAUGCUUAAAGAAAUUGAAAGUUACGGUGAAAACCCUGUCAGUUCUGCAUCAAAUGUAGGUGCAACGAACGUAGCUCAAAGCAAAGAAGACGAGAGAAGUCCGACUCCAAAGGAUAACUUUACGGAGAUAUUUGAAUUUUUAGAGAAGGUGGAACAAAGUGCAAACGAGGCUCUUUCUGUAGUCUCAAACACAGCUCCACAAACUAUGCCCAAAAUGGAAUUACUUCUCAAACUGCCUCAAACGGAGCUGGCUCAACGCUUAGUGACUGCGUCGCUACAGUUGGAGGAAAGGUCGUGCUGCAUUGCCUUGCUGCAAGAGAGUCUGGCCAAUCAUAAAGAACAGAUGAUCAGUAAAGUUGGUAACUUGGAGAAGCAAUCCCAUCGCAACAUUGCGAAGGUGAAACAGGAGUGCGAGGAAGCUAUCAAGAGGCAUCAGAGUUUCAUAGAUCAGUUGAUUAACGAUAAAAAGACGUUAAACCGUCGUAUUGAAGAGCUGGUGGAGGAACGGAGAUCUCUCGAGGAUCGGUGGAAGAGGUCAGCUCAGGCGUUGGAAGAACGAUACAAGCUCGAACUUAGAAACCAACAUGACAAGAUGGCGGCCGCGCAACAGGUCGCUAGACAGCGCUGGGUGAGACAAAAGGCCGAAAAAAUUAAAGAAUUAACAGUAAAAGGUCUAGAAGGUGAGCUUCGAGAGAUGGCGGAACGACAGCAGAAGGAAGUUUCUGAUCUGAAAAUGUUCCACGCGGAACAAAUCGGCAAAUUGAACGCUAAAAACAACAACGAGCUGGAAGAGCUCAGGCGGAGCUUGGAACAGGAGAAGCAGGACGCGCUUGUGAAAGAGAGACAGCUUGCUAGCUCUAGAAUGGAGAAGCAGAUAUUAGAGUUGGAAGCAACGUAUCAAGAGCAACGCACACGAUUAGUCGCCGAGAUGAGAGCGGAGAAUGAGAGAGUCGCGCAUCAGUUAAGUGAGAAAGAGAUGGCGCAGAGGGAAGAGUUUGAAAAAUGGCGAAAAGAGCAAGAAAAUCUACUAGAGGUAAAGAAGCGAGAUGUUCAGUUGGAGAUCGAUAAAGAAAAGAUGAAGCUGCAGGAAGAACUAGAGGAGAAACGUAAGCAACUCGAGAACGAGUUUGAGCAAUACAAGCGUGACGUCGAAGCCGAACACCAGGUGCUGCUCAAGAAGAAGGUGACGGACAUAGUCGCACAGCACAAGUUGGAGAGGGACAGAGAGAUAGAGAAGGCUAUAGAGAGUAUGGAGGCGGAAGCACAGGCAGGAAGGAAGGAACUGCAGGAUGCUCUGAGAAGAAACAAAGAACAUUACGAGACGGAGUUGAAGGAACUCGGAGAGACAGAGCAGGCCACACUGAAGCGAUACCAGGACGCCCAGCAAAGGAUAAGGCAACAGGAGGAGAAGUGUGCACAGCUUGAAGUCACAAUAAACCAGCUAGAAACGAGGAACCGUGUUUUGACUGAGAAAAAUAUACAACUGGAAGCGCAUGCUGAUGAGGUGAAGAUGAGCUGUGAGAUGACGUGGCGCGCAAAGAUAGACCAGAUGUUGCAGGAUAUGGAAACGAUGAAGAAAACCCACGAGGAGCAGAUGCACCAACUCUACGCCAAAGUGAAAGUAGCAGUGGCCCGAAAAGAUUCUGCUAUAUCUGCCAUGACCCGGGAGAACGCCAAGUAUCAGGAGAAAAUUACACUUUUGGAACAGAAACUGCAGCAACAGAGGAAAGAUUUUCUCAAAUCUAAAUAAAGCAUGUAAUAAAGUCUGGCAAAUGUAUUUAUGUCGGCCAAAGGGCCGCCCACUCACAGAACUUUAAUUUUGUUUUUAAUACUUUUAGUACGUAACGUUUGUGCUAGAGCGGAUCUACUUGCGUAAUGAGUGUACGUUUAUAACGGUAUGCAAUAUAGUGCUAACGUUUGGCACGCGUGCUUCGCCUACUUAGCAUUUCUAUCUCGUUUUAUUUCUGUGUGGCCGUUUAUUAGACGAUAUCUUAUGCUAUAUAAAAGUGUUUUUUAUUCAGUAUGUUGUGAAAUUACGUUACUUUUCAUCAACUUAUCCUGAUGGCUCGCGUUUCGAACCGUUACUAAAUUAGCUUCUAAACGUUGAAGUUUAACAAUCUAGUCAAAUCUAAUCUAACAAGACAGUAUGGUGAUUAAAUAGAAUGGUAUUUAUAGAAAACAUUUUUUCUGUAAAAUUCUGGUGGACUCAUAUUUUUCUAUGAUUUAUUUAUUUGGAAACAAAUACAGAUACAUCCUUAAACAUAAAAUAGAUAUAGUGAAAAUAGAAAUAUGGAUAUAAGGAUGUCUCCUUAAACAGUUUCACCAAGUACACUUCAUAUUUAAAUUUACCUACACGUAAAUUACACUUAGUCGCAAACAACCAGUUCACAAAAUUGGAGACCUUAAAAUUACAAUAAAUAAUAAAUAGACUUAACACAGUGCAAUUGUAGGCGUUGUUACAAUUACAAAUUUUGUGACUUGUAACUUAAUCUGUUUGUAAAUUUAUUGAAUUAGGCGUUCAUUUGCGGAAAUCCAUAAUUAUACAAAUGAUUUAAGUUUUCUUUAGUGUUAAUUCCGCCAAUUUAGUCCCAUCACCUUUGUUACGUGUCUCUUCCGGGGGUAAUACGUCACAACAGCCGACCAAUCACAGCGCGUCAUUUCAUGGGACGAGGGGAUAAAAGAGCGGCUUCCGGCUCAUAUGAUCCAGUCUCGUGCCAGGUUUUGGCGAGACAACACGUCCUGAGGAUGCCUCAUGUAGAGGCGAAACACGUGUAGAAUUGUUUUAAAAACAAAUAUUGGCGGAAUUAACACUAAAGAAAACUUAAAUUAUUUGUAUAAUCUGUUUGUGUCAAGAUUUGAUAUUAAUAAAUUAAAAGAAUGUUUUACUUGCAGUUUGAUUACGCGGCAUUUUUUUGAAAUUUCAAAAACUUAUUGAAGUAGGCAUUACUUUGCGGAAAUCCAUAAUUAUACAAAUGAUUUGAGUUUUCUUUAGUGUUAUUUCCGCCAAUAUUUUAUCUUUAAACAAUUCAACACGUGUUUCGCCAGUCACGAGACAGUCUCGUGCCAGAUUUUGGCGAGACAACACGUACUGAGGAUGCCUCGUGUCCUGAGGACAGAGAGACAAAUAUUGGCGGAAUUAACACUAAAGAAAACUCAAAUCAUUGAUUGUAAAUUUCAAAAACUGGUAUAAUUGCUUGGGCAUUCCACUCAUUUCAUAUUUGAUAUUAAUAAAUCGUGCCGAUAGCUAAUAAUUAACAUAAUACUUGUGAUAAAAAUACUAUAUUAGGUAUGUUUAAUUUAUAGUUUACUAAUAGUGUUUGUGUAGAGUGAAAUAAACGUGUUUGUUGUA